CCCGCACUCAAUGGCGGACACCAAGCUCAUCGGCUUCGGCAACCCGCUCCUCGACAUCUCGGCGGUCGUCGAGCAGGACGUCCUCGACAAGUGGGGCGCGAAGCUCAACGACGCCAUCCUCGCCGAGGACAAGCACAAGCCGAUGUACGCGGAGCUCGCCGAGUCGCAUCCGGUGGAGUACAUCGCGGGCGGGGCGACGCAGAACUCGAUCCGCGUGGCGCAGUGGGUGAUGGGCAAGCCCGGCAGCACCGCCUUUGUCGGCUGCGUCGGCAAGGACCAGUUUGGCGACAAGCUCGAGCAGGCGGCGCGCGGCGACGGCGUCAACGCGGCGUACAUGAAGCACCCGGAGACUCCGACGGGCACCUGCGCCGUCCUCGUCAAGGGCGGCGAGCGCUCCCUCGUCGCCAACCUCUCCGCCGCCAACUGCUACGAGAUCUCGCACUACGAGACGGCCGAGAUCCAGGAGCUCGUCACCGCCGCAAACAUCGUCUACUGCGCCGGCUUCUUCCUCACCGUCUCGCCGCCGACAAUGAUUGCCCUCGGCAAGCACGUGGCGGAGAAGCACAAGACGUUCUGCCUCAACCUCUCCGCCCCUUUCAUCUGCCAGUUCUUCAAGGACCCGCUGCUGUCGGUGAUGCCGUACGUCGACUUCCUCUUCGGCAACGAGAGCGAGGCGGCGGAGUUUGGCAAGGCGAUGGGCUGGGGCGAGGAGUUGGACGUCGUGGCUCUCAAGGCGGCGGCGAUGCCCAAGGAGAGCGGCUCGCGCCCGCGCGUCGUCGUCAUCACGCAGGGCAAGGACCCGACCAUCGUGGCGCUCGGCGGCGGCAUCUCGAAGUUCGACGUCGACGAGCUGCCCAAGGAGGCGCUGGUGGACACGAACGGCGCGGGCGAUGCGUUCGUGGGAGGCUUCCUGGCGAAGCUGUCGCAGGCGGCCGAUCUGGCCGAGUGCGUGCGGGCCGGCAACUGGGCGGCCCGCCAAAUCAUCCAGGUCUCGGGCUGCAAGAUCCCCGAGGGCCCGUGCACCUUCGCCUGAUCGCGCCGGGCUUCUCCGCGGCGCUUUCUGUUACAUUGCGUUGCGCCGCCGCGGCGCCACACUACUGUCCGCCCAUGGACGUUGCUUUCCGUGAGAGCGCCGUAUUUCCCGAUGAAUUUUGGACCGCGUUGAGAUUAUUGCAAGAACGAGUCCGGUUGAGACUAUAGACCGUAUGUGGAAAGGUUCGCGCGGGUACUCGAGCGCGCGUCUCGGCCCAUUGCAAAGCUUUUGAUCCCC